AUGUGUUUGGAAGUUGUGAACCUGUCUGAUUGGGAAAGGGUUGAAGAGAGCCUGGGGAACCAGAAACUCCAGACAUCUCUAGCCUCCAAGGAGAUGGUGAUCGCGGCCGAGGGGCCGGGCGGGGGGCGGAGGCUGAAGCCGCCACGCGCCCGCCGCGCGACCUCGCAGCUGGGGUCCGCGAAGGCGCGGCACGCGGGCGCCCCCCGGCCCCGGGACCGCCCCGCCUGUUCCGGGACUCCGGGCAGCGGUAUGGCCCGGGCCGGGGCCCCAGAGACCUGCAGCGCCACGGGGCGGGAGGCGCGGGCGGGAGGUGGCGGGAAGGCCGAGGAACUGGAGGUGGGAGCGGCGGCGCACCAGGGCCCGGGGCCCCUAAACCUGGAUGGGCCAGCCGUGGACCCGCUGGAGGCUGGGAGUGCCCAGGCAGACAGGGCCUACCUGCGGCUGCAGCGCAGGUUUGGGCACAUCCGCUGUCUGCAUCUGGCCCGUAGGAGUUUCGUCGUCCAGAAUAUUCCUGGCUUCUGGGUCACCGCCUUUCUGAACCACCCGCAGCUGUCACCCAUGAUCAUAACUCGUGAUGAAGACAUGCUCUGCCACCUGAUGCAUUUGGAGGUGAGGGAGCUCAGGAACGCCAGGGCCCAGUGCAAGUUCAAGUUCCGCUUUGGGAACAACCUCUACUUCCGGAACAAGGUGCUCAUGAAGGAGUAUGAGUGCAGAUCCUUGGGACCGGUGGUGUCAGUUGCAACUCGAAUCCGAUGGCACCGGGGCUAGGAACCCCCAGUUCUGGUACACGGGGACACUGUCAGCAGCUUCUUCACCUGGUUCUCUCAGCACAGCCUCCCAGAGGCUGACAAGGUUGCCCAGAUUAUUAAAGAGGACCUGUGACCCAAACCCCUGCAGUACCACCUGCUAGGGGAUAGGCCCCACAGAGCCAGGAGAGGCCUGGCAAGGUGGCCCACAGAGGCCUCUCCUACACUCUACAAGUUCCAGUUUGGCUAAGUCCCUCGCUAGGACCUGGCCCCUACAUAAGACUCCCUUCUACCUGUGCUUAGGCCAAUGACAUAACCCUGCCGUCUGCUUGCACUUUCAUGCACCCUGGCCCCUCUGAAGAUUCAUUCAGUGGACUCUGAUCCAGGAUUGUGGCCUCCAUGGCCAAACUCUUCUGUUUCCAUGUGGCCUUCAUGCAUCACAUGCCACAGUGUCUGCCCAAGCACCCAGUACUAUGGAUGGGUACUGCCAUCAUCUUCGUGGUCGGGGCCUACCUCUGAUCAUGGCCUUCCU